GAAGGGUGAUCAUCUUAGAGGUCCUUAAGGGAUUUUGUUUAGAUUUCGAGUUCUUUAAAUCAAGAUUCCGAAAAGUGAAUCUAACAACUUGAGAAGAACGCAUCCAUGCCUCUCUACUCAGAAGAAUGAGUUUUGAAGAGAAAGCCAAAGUGUUUGUGAACACAUUUAAAGAUUUUAAUCGUGAUCAGCAAAACGAAGUCUUGCAACAAAUCCUUCUCGCCUGUCAGCCACUUCAGCUGAGGUUGCUUUACAAUGAGUUAAAACCACUGCUAGCAGUAGAUUUUGUGGCAUCUCUACCAAAAGAAUUGGCAGAAAGAAUAUUCUCAUAUCUGUCUGUAAAAUCACUCAGUUGUGUUGCACAGUGCAACAGACUGUGGAGGGAAAGAUCAAAUCAUAAUGCAUUUUGGUAUCGUUUCUGUGUUCAAAAGGGGUGGGACAGAUUUGGAGAAGAUCUUCUGCAAAUGCGUCAUAUGUUAACCUCUCAAGGGUCAAAUGCAUCAUUAACAAAUAACACAUGUACUGUACUAAAGCCUGCCACCUGCCGUUGGAAGCAGAUCUAUAUUCGAGCCCUCUCACUUGAUAAGAACUGGGAACAAGGCAGAUACUCUGUUGCACCACUUUUAAGAGGACACAAGGAUCCUAUCACCUGCAUGGCUUGUGAUGGUAGCACAAUUGUGUCUGGCUCGUCAGAUAAUACAGCUCGUGUUUGGGAUGUCCAAACUGCUAAGUGUAUUCUUGUUUUGGACUCACCGCAUACUGACUCUGUAAGAUGUGUGAAACUAAAGGAUUCGUUGUGCGCUACUGGGUGCGCAGAUGGAGUGAUCAGACUGUUUGACCUGAAAUCUGGACGAUGUCUCAGGUCAUUUCAAGGACACACAGGGGGUGUGGAACACUUAUCAUUUGUUGGAAGUACAAUCAUUAGUGCAUCUGCUGACCUAACUGUGCGGGUGUGGAAUUCAGAUACUGGUGCUCUUCUUCACACUAUGACUGGCCAUUCAGAUGAAAUUCAGGCGUUGGUUGCCCGUGACGACCUCGUGAUCACAACAUCUUGGGAUGAAACCAUAAGGCUAUGGAAUAUGACAGCGGGCGCUUGUCUCUUAACACUGAGAGGCCAUACGGAAGCUGUUUUUUGUUGUGACUUUAACGAAAAGAAGAUAAUCAGCGGGGGAGGUGACGGUUUGAUAAAGAUCUGGGAUGCUCAGACAGGAGAUAAUACAUUCACUUUGGUUGGGCAUACAGGGGAAGUGUACUGUUUACAGUUUAAUGAUGACAUAAUUGCGUCUGGUUCGGCGGACAGUACUGUGCGAUUAUGGAGUCAUCAAGGUAUCCUGCUUCACACACUGGAGGAGCAUAUCGGGGUGGUCAGGUGCCUGUGCCUCUCAGGUAAUCGGCUCAUUUCUGGUGGAGAUCGGAAGCGCAUCGCUCUUUGGGAUAUGAAGGAGGGCAAGCUGUUGAACGUGCUGCAUCGUAACCCAACAUUGCUGCACCUUAUGUGGGCUGAUGAAACCAAGUUAGUCACUGCCUCUCCAGACACACCAGGAACUGUAACCAUCAUAAAUUACUGGUAGGGUUGUAACAAGUUACAAACCUGGCGUGCAGGUUGCGUGUGGAUAUGUGUACUUCGGCAAUCGUGCAGGUCCUUCCUGAGAAAUAUAAGGGAUCAUGCACCUUCUCUAGUGACUUGCAACAAUUUCCCUUUUGCACACAAGUUUGGUGUGAUAUCGAAAACAAGAGUGAAUUUAAUCAUUGAUGGUGGCAAAGCAAGUCGAAAGUCGAUCUUUCUUAUGGCGUGAAUGUAGAACCCUUGUGGCAUGAUGGACAAGCCAAUAGUCAGUGUUCAUCUAUUGAUGAAGGGUGACGAGUUACCUGCGAUACCAUUUUUGUAUUAAAUGAACUCGGGCGAACAGUACCCGCCCGAGGAGAUCAACGUCAGAGAGGAAGAGUGACGUUAGCACAGUUGUUUAGAAUAGGGCGUAAGAAGCACCGAUAUGAAACAAACGUUGUAUAGCUCAAAAUUGGGAUAAGCGUUGUAAAUAAAAUUGGAAAUUCCAUGA